CAAAAGUUGGUUACUGGCAAACCUAACCUGUCUCCACACUAUCUGCACCAACCGCUCAGGACAUUUCUGAUCUCGUUAUCAUACUCUCUGUCUUUGGACGAUCGUAACGCACUCAUCCAAUCAACCAUACCAUCACCUAGGACACCAUGGGCUCGUUGCACAACGAUAGCAUCAAGUCCAAUUCCGAAAAACAGAUCGUCUUGAAUCCGAGCCCGAGAGAACGAGCGCGCAUUCUGCGUAAAAUUGAUUGGCAUCUACUACCUUUCGUGACUGUAUUUUACCUUCUCUCGUUCUUAGACCGAGCCAAUAUUGGAAAUGCGAAGGUCGCCGGCAUGGCCACAGACCUUCACUUGACAGGCUUCAGGUACAACAUCGCUGCAGCCGUCUUUUUUAUCACGUACAGCUUUGCCGAGGUCCCUUCUAACAUCGCGCUCAAGCUAUUCAGGUCAUCGCGCUGGAUACCGUCUAUCAUGGUCCUGUGGGGUGUCGUAAUGGUCCUUAUGUGUCUUGUCAGAUCAUAUCAAUCUCUCGUUGUAGCUCGAACGUUCCUCGGUUUGACCGAAGCAGGAUUAGUUCCUGGAGUAAAUUACUACAUCUGCCUUUGGUAUCCGCGUUCUGAACGGUCCAAACGCAUUGCAAUAUUCUUCUCCUCGGCAUCACUCGCAGGCGCCUUCGGUGGGCUCCUUGCGUAUGGUAUAGAGCGGAUGGAAGGAGUCGGAGGACUACAUGGCUGGCAAUGGAUUUUCUGCUUGGAAGGCAUUGCCACUGUUCUCGUCGCAAUUCCCUCUUUUUUCUUCAUGCAUGAUUAUCCUGAAACGGCCAAAUUUUUGACCGAAUCAGAGAGAUCAUACAUCAUAGAUGUGCUCAAACGGGAUUCUAAUAAUCUUUCCUCUCGCUUCGACACUCGAUUCAUCUGGCAAGCCCUAAAAGAUUACAAGUCCUACGUCCAAAGUCUCAUUUAUUUAGGGUUGCUCGUCCCUGGUUAUGCCAUUGCCCUAUUCUCGCCAACAAUCAUCCACGAGCUCGGCUACUCUGCUGCGAAUGCCCAGCUACUCUCGGUCCCGCCAUUUGUUGCUGGCUGUAUUGGAACAAUCAUAGUUGGCAUCCAUUCUGACAAGCACAAUCUUCGUGGUCCGUACAUCAUUGGUGGCGCGCUUGUUUCUCUUGUGGGAUACAUCUUGCUAUAUUGCAGCGUACGAGCGGGCCCGUCGUACGUGGGAGCUUGUCUGGCUGCUGCUGGAGUUUAUCCAACCGUCUCGAUUGCUCUGGCUUGGGCAGGCUCUAGUGCAGGAGGCGAUUUAAAACGUGGAGUUGUACUGGCAAUGGUCAUUGGUCUUGGUAAUCUCGGAGGUAUUUGCUCGUCUUUCAUUUAUAUUGAUCCACCACGUUUCCUCGUCGGACAUGGCACCGUCAUGGGAUUCCUUUCUCUUGCGAUCAUAAUGAGUCUCUUUUCUAUGUGGAACUAUAAUCGGCUGAACAAAAAGAAAGAAGCGCAGUGCCUGGCGGAAAACAUUGGCGAAGAUAGAGGGUAUGAAUUUGAGGAUAUGGGCGAUGACAGUCCCCUUUUCAGGUGA